GUGUACAAACUAAAAGCAGAGCAGACAGUGCAGGUCAGAGACAGAAGCAGGAUUGACUGUGUGAGGGUGUGAGGGUGUAAGACCUUUCAGUCCUUGUAGUGGUGCUGCUUCUCUGGAUUUUGGAAUUAAAACUUUUGGACUAACUGGAGGCUUCACCUUGUUUCCAUUUUGCAUCCAAUCUGCUCAGAUGCAUCUCAGUGAGGAAUGUAACCUUCCCUUGCUACAUCCAUGAGCCAGAUGAUUCACUACAGCCAAGUCCACGUUCUUCACCCAAUACAGGUGAAGAGUGUGUGUGUCUUCCUGCUCUUCUAUGUUCCUGUUUAUAUGAUGGAUGUCCCUGGACACUGCAGGCACUCCAUAACCAAAGAUCACCUUCUACAGAUCAGACACUUGAUUAAUAACCAGCUGUGGAACGGAUGUAGAAUAACCUACACGUUCAUUGAGAGGAAAAAUCUGAGUUCAGCUUGUUAUGUGAAGGUGGCAUUGCCACGAGUGCUGGAUUUACUAAGUACCCACUUCAAAUACACCCAAGGCUCAGACAGUGCCCAGUCAGUCCUCUCUUUACAGAACCUAAUCUUCAACAUCUACUCACAGAAAUGUGUCCCAGGCUUAAGCGAGGAACUUGAGGAGAUCCCGGUGGCAUUUCUAAGGCAAUUCACUGACUCUUCAGUUCAAGCACUGGAAAGAGCUGAAGAGGUUUUGGAGAUCUACUUGCAGCUUAUCACACAAAAACAUACAACUAUGGACUGGAGCUGCGCUGUGGACCACAGCACCCAUACAUCUACUGCUAUUAUAGAGCUGCCUACCACCACAGAAGCCAAACUGGGAAUACUGGGACAGAAUCACCAGGACUCUUUUGGUCUGAGCUUCUACAGGCCAGGUUUCAUAGUGCUAGCAGUGAGUGGAGGAAUUCUCCUGCUUCUUACAGUCUCUUGCCUGAUACACAGUAAGUCCAGCCCUUACCUGAUGUUUCUGUAG